AUGGUCAGUUACAGAGUGGCUAAAAACAACAAACCCCACACUAUUGUGGAGGACCUCAUUCUCCCUGCUGCUUUAGAUAUGGUAGGGACAAUGUUGGGGGAAAAGGCAAAAAAGACGAUACAGUCCAUUCCAUCAUCAAACAAUACUGUCUCACGGCGCAUCAAUGCAAUGUCAGAAAAUGUUUUACAGCAGCUACUUCUGCGCAUACGCCACAGUGAAUGUUAUGCAAUACAGCUAGAUGAGUCCACGGAUGUGGCUGGCCUGGCGCAUCUUCUCGUAUAUGUGCGCUACAUUCAUGAAGGAACCAUCAAGGAGGACAUGCUGUUCUGUAAACCACUGGAACAAAGGACAACUGCCGCAGAUAUUUUUCAAAAGCUGGACACAUUCAUGAACACACAUGGACUCGUGUGGGACAGAUGUGUUGGCAUCUGUACUGAUGGCGCACGGGCCAUGACUGGGAGACACGGAGGUGUGGUUUCGCGUGUGCAAGCAGUCGCGCCAGAUGCCUCCUGGGUACACUGCAGCAUCCACCGAGAGGCUCUUGCUGCAAAGGGAAUACCUGUCCGUUUGAAACAUGUUUUGGACACGAGUGUAAAAAUGGUUAACUUUGUGAAAGCCAGGCCGCUGAACUCCCGCUUAUUUGCUGCGUUGUGCAAUGAGAUGGGCAGCGAGCAUGAGACAUUAUUACUCCACACAGAGGUUCGCUGGCUAUCUAGAGGGAAAGUGCUGACCCGUUUCUUUGAGUUGAGGGAUGAACUUAAAGUUUUCUUCAGUAACCAUCCCUUUGAGCUGUCUGAACAUUUGCAUGAUGAAGAGUACCUUACCUGCCUGGCUUAUCUGUGUGAUAUAUUUUCUCGUCUGAACGAGCUCAAUCUCGGAUUACAAGGCGUUUCUGCAACUAUAUUCAAUGUUCAAGAUAAAGUUGAGGCCAUGAUAAAGAAGUUAAACCUUUGGAAGAACUGCUUGGAUACAAACAACACUGAAGUCUUUCCUGUGCUGCAUGAUUUUCUGUGCUCUAAUGAUCUCACACUAUCUAAAAGUGUAAAGCGCGAAUGUAACGUGCACCUUGAGGAGCUGGCGGUGCAGUUACGCCGAUACUUCCCAGAGACGGACGGCUCAAAUGAUUGGAUACGUCACCCGUUCACCGCUGUGCCUACUUCGUUAUCACCGUCUGACCAGGAGAGCCUAAUUGAAAUUGCCACAGAUGGAUCUCUAAAAGUUGAACACGCUCAAAAGAACCUGGCGGAUUUCUGGAUAGGGCUGCGCACUGAACAGCCCGCGCUGGCUAAGCGCGCUGUCAAGACUCUGAUGCCUUUCGCCACCACAUACUUAUGCGAAAGGGGAUUUUCUGCUUUAACAAACAUGAAAACAAAAUACAGAGCAAGACUUUGUGUGGAAAACGAUUUAAGACUCAGCCUUUCCCAAAUUGAGCCAAACAUUGAAGAGCUGUGUGCCUCUGCUCAAGCACAUCCAUCACAUUAA